AUGAUGCAUUCGCUUGGAAUACUAUUAUUCAUUCCACUCGCCACAUCAUCCAUCUUCGAUCAGGCAGUCAAAGGGAAAUGCAUUCCAAUCGACAUAGAGCUAUGCAAAGAUUUACCAUACAACUACACUUAUUUUCCGAAUACAAUUUUGCAUAACGAUCAACACACGCUACAAACACACACGGAGCACUUCAAACCGUUGAUGAAAACGAAAUGUCACCCACAUAUCCACUUUUUCAUUUGCUCAGUUUUUGCUCCAAUGUGUCCAGUUGGAAUGCCACAAGCGGUAACUAGUUGCAAAUCAGUUUGCGAGCAGGUGAAAGCUGAUUGCUUUUCGAUACUCGAUGAGUUUGGAAUUGGAUGGCCUGAGCCCCUCAACUGUGCUCAAUUCCCAGAUCCACCGGAAUUGUGCAUGAAACCAACUGAAGAUGAAAUCACAGGAGGAUUCUCGGCUCCACGUGUACCAUCUAAAGUUGCCAGUUCGUCAUCCAAAAAACCAACAGGAUGCCCAAGUGAUCUUGUUGAUGUAGACCCACAUGAUUCAAAAUCACAGUGUGCGUUCUCGUGCGAAUCGAAUGUUAUGUUCAGCAGUAACAACAAGCUUAUGGUCCGUUCAUGGUCAAUUUGGUUUGCUGCAGCUAACGCUGGAGUCGCCAUUUUCUCCUUUUUGACGUUUGCAAUUGACCGAAAAAGAUUCCGUUUUCCGGAGAGAUGUGUCUUCUACCUCUCCUUGUGCUUGUUCCUCUCUUCACUACCGUACCUCUCCCCAUUGAUUCUGGAACCUAAAAUACGUUCUUGUCAUGCUAUGGGCAACGGAAGAUCAUACCUUUCAAUCGGCUCUUUUGACAAUUCCUAUUGUCUUGCCUCAUUCCUUCUCAACUACUUCUUCACCACAGCGGCCGCUCUUUGGUGGUUAAUGUUCUCGUUUACGUUGUACCUGAGCGGAGGACGAAAGUGGGUGCCAGAAGGCAUUGAAGCAUGCAGCAGUUAUGUUCAUUUUGUUGCCUGGGGACUUUCGUCACUUGCAACUAUCGUUGUUCUCAUCUUCAACAAAGUCGAUGCCAGUGAACUAACUGCUCUUUGUUCGGUGGGAAACCUGAAUUCGAUCGCUCUUCUCUGGUUUGUAAUCGUACCAAGAACAAUUUGCAUUGUGAUUGGAACUUGCUUUAUUGUCGGAGGAUUUGCGAGUAUGUGCAGAGAGAGAAUCAGUUUCAGAACAAGGGGAACGGAUACAUCGAAGCUAGAAAAACUAAUGGUCAAAAUGGGUCUCUUCUGUGUGCUUUUCAUUUUGCCCAACGUCGUUGAACUUGUGUGCGAGUGCUAUAAAUUUAUGAUUCUCACUCAAUGGACUCGUAUGACAAUCGACUGCAAGCAACAACUCGGAGCAUGCCAUCGUCCACCUCCACCCCAAGCUGAAAUUUAUAUGGCAUCUGUGUUGUCCAGUUUGACCACUGGAUUCUCGUGUCUUAUGUGGGUGCUCUCAGCAAAAACUAUCCACUCUUGGAAGAACUUUAUCUUCUGUGGAAUGUGCUCGACGGCUCCAGUUAAGAAUCCGAUCGAACCAUCAACUCGCCCACUUCUGGAGCCUCCAACUGCUCCACCACCACAACCACCGGUAUACAUGCAAAUGACAACGACUCCUCAGAAUGCGUGGAGACCUAGCAAAGUGGUCUGA